GAGGACAUCAAUCUACUUCCUUAUUGGUUUUUAUGAUCAACGCCCAUCAAGAUGGAAGUAUCUGGAAAAAGGCGUGACCCUGACCUUAACAAGGGCUCCGAUGACACAACUGUCUUCUGUCAGCCGUGUGAAGAGGAGGGCAAACGCUCUGUAGCCCAGGGAUUCUGUCAGACCUGCCAAGAGUACAUGUGUGAUCCCUGUAUCAAGGCCCAUAAGAAAUUCAAGGUGUCCAGAAACCACAUUAUGUUGUCCAAAGAUAAGAUGCCGUCCUUCUACCCGUCCACUAAGCAGUCUGACAUCGGUGUAACUGAAUAUUGUAAAACACAUCCGAAUGAGAUGAUCAAGUUUUACUGUCCGACCCACAGCGACCUUGGUUGUGGUGACUGUGUAGUCAUCGGUCAUCGCACGUGCAAAGUCGACUACAUUGCUGAUGUGUCUAAGGAUUUCACCAAUGAAAGGGAAUUCAGGGAGCUGGAACCAUCUAUUAAACGAGCGGAAGAUCUUCUAUCUGGGUACAUAAGUAAAGUAAAGAAGCUUUUUGACGAGGUCGAACACCAGUCUAAGGAUGAGAUCGACAGACUGAGAAAGUUCCGUGCAGAAAUCAAUACCUACCUGGACCGACGCGAGAAGGAGUUGCUCGGCAAUAUCCAGGAAAUGAAGACCAAUGAAGAAAGCGCGCUGACUGAACUGAAGACUGAUUGUGAGUUGGCAAAAUGCGGACUUGUGGCCACUAGGACAGAACUGACUUCCGGUACCGACUCGGUGAACCAGCGGUACGUGACGGCAAGGAGAGCUCAGAAGGAACUACGGGAGAUUCAUAACAAGAUGGAAAAGAUGGCUGGUAGGAUGAAGGCCCGGAAGUAUCGAUUUGUUGAAGACGCGGACACGAUACGGCUGCUGGGAUCGAAAAUGGGCCUUGGAACACUGAACAUGGCAGGAGAGCUUGUUCCAGUUCCUGACCUCGCUACUGUGACGUGGAAGGAGGCGGAUAUCCUGGUCAGAACAUCUGAGGACCUGGGCACCUGCGGGAUCACGGGCUCAGCCCUGAUCUCGCCUGGUCUCUUCCUCCUGGCUGACUUCGGUAACAACUGUGUCAAACUGGUAGACAUCAGCACCUGCACCGUCACGUCCCGCCUCCAGCUACCAGGCCAGCCAUGGGGCGUGUGUGUGUUUCAUGAUGAUCAGGCCGCCGUCACUAUCCAGCCUGUUAUUAUUCAGCUGCUGUCUAUAAAGGGAGGACAGUUAUCGUUUGGAAAGAAUAUUAAAGUAUCAUCUGUGUGUUUUGGUAUUGCGUUUAACAACAAUAGAUUAUACGUUUCGUAUACACAAACCCCGCGUGUUGAAGUGAUGACAUUGGAUGGGCAUAUCAUAAGUACAUUCCAAACAGAUGAUAGAAGACAACUUUUCAAAGCACCAUGUUACCUGACUGUGUCAGCUUCAACACCACCGACUCUGUACGUGUCUGACUACCGUGCCCACACCGUCCUCCAGCUGACCCUUGACGGAAAGGUCCUGCGGGAGUACCAAGAUAUUCGGCUCACCAAUCCCGGGGCCGUGGUGAAGGUAGGGCCCGGCCAGCUGCUCGUGUGUGGAUAUGCCAACCACAACGUGAUGCUGCUAACGGAGAGGGACGGCAAGAUGGCGGAAAUACUGGGAAAGAAGAACGGACUGACCAAGCCCUGCUCCGUGUCCUUCUGUCCUCACACACGUGCCAUAGUUGUCGGAAUGGGCAGUAAUGACUCACUGAAGGUCUUUAAUGCAAAGUGACACCUUUUCUUUAUCAGUCGUGAUUUUGCUCUCUUUGGCGGAAAUUACCAUGUAUUCAAUGCUUUUUGAGCAAGUGAAUAGUAAUAGCAAUCAUAUUUAAUGUUCAACAUACGCUUAUUUAUUCGUUGUAACCGAGUUCUAUCAAACUGAAUGAACAUUGCUAAUUAUAUAAAUCAAGAAUGGAAAUACUAAAAUAAUGUUGUAUCAGUCUCAGAAGUUUUGUAAUUAGUAUGAAAAGCCAUUGAUGCUUUAUGACAGUCAUGUAUCUAAUAAAUAUUAAGCUUAUUUUGCAGUUUUAUUUUGCAAAACACUAGGAUAACGAAUUUGUGUAAAUAUUGUAUUACUAUUAAACACUCAUUCAAUUAUAUUUUGGUGUUUACUACUUUUGUUUUUUUAUGUUAUUUAUAUAGAUCUUUGAUUUUACAAAAUGAUCAUUAACUUAUAUAAAAAUAAUUAUUUAAACAGAUGUAUACUUUUUAUGGGUUUGAAGUUAAAAUAAGGUGUUUGACUUUCAGUAAAGAGAAAUUUAGUAGGUUUUCAUUAUCAUAUGUUAAUGAAACUCAGUCAGCAUUUCAACGGUGGGCAAGUCUCAGUCAAGUUCAAUUGUGAAGUGAAUCAUGUCAGUAAUUUCAGAGUUAUGCCCCUUUAACAUUAAACAAUAAUAUGUUUAUAUAUUAUGAAGGAAGUAAGUUAAGUUUUUUACUAUCCAAUAAUGAUGAAACUCGGUUACAGCAUUUGUGGGCAAGUCUCCGUCAAGUUCCAUCGUGGAGUUAAACAUGUCAAUAGAUCCGGAGUUAUUCCUCUAUAUCAAUAGGAAAUUGGUAUUUUAAGCAUCCGACAGGAAAUUACUAACUUGUAUUGUCCGAUCAUGAUGGAACUUGGUGACUGUGUUUGUGGGCAUUAUGUCUCGGCGUAAAUCGCUCCAGUAACUCUCAUUGGUUAUGGGCAUACUGUCUUGGGGAGAAUCACACCAGUAACUCUCAUUGGUUAUGGGCUUGCUGUCUCUGUCAGGUUCUGUUAUUGGGUGAAUCGCCUCAGUAGCUGAUAGUCAUGCCCCUUUUAUAGUGAAAUAUAGAAUAGCAUAAUUACUUGCAGAGACAAUUACUUAAUUAUAAAACGAUCAGUACAAUAAUGAACUAAGUUACAGGAUUUUGGAUGAAUGUUCUUAUUCAAAUCAUAUAUUAGAAUAAUUUUAAAUGUGUUAAACCUUGACAUGCAUAAAAUAGGACUACAUUUUACGUUUAUGCAAACCAUUGCAAAGUUACUAUGAAGAAUAUUUUAAAUGGAAAUUUCCGCGUGAAUAUUCCAUAGGAAUAGUACAAAUGAAAAAUCUCUUAAAAAUGACAAACAUGUCUUUAGAUCUCAGUUUAUCUUCUUUGGACGUUUGCCUACUGAAUGUUAUUGUAUUGUUAUUGACAAUGUAUGUAACCUGUCUUAAUUUAGACUUAUAAUGAAAAUAACCGUAUAUUCCUUACAAGGGAUUCUUGGCUGUAAUUACUUUCACAACAAUUUUGUAGUAUUGUGCGACUUGAUUUCUGUAUUAACCUUUAACUAAUAAAUGAAUUUAAUUUUUA